AAGCGCCCGGAGCGAAUUCCACAUUCAAUUCUGAACUCAUAACUUGUCGACCUUUGCGGUCAUCAUACAAGUAUCCUUGAGGCUCGCUUCCUCUCAUUUACGAUGGCGAGAUUGAACGCAGAAGGCGAGUCGAGUGCCAGAAAGGAAACGACAACUACCAAAAAGAAAGUCGCAGCCAAGGCAAAAAACCAAAACAAUGGGGUAUGGCCUUGUGAAAUGAAUGGGUGUAACAAGCAGUUCGCAAGAGAGGCGGAUCUGAAAAGGCACCAAAGGACCACAAAGUUGCACUCCAUAGCCGGAUUUGCCUGUCCUCAAUGUGAAGCCAACUUCACAAGAACCGACGCUUUAAGGAGGCACCAGAAGUCAAGGCACAAUGGCUCUGUGUGCGAUCCAAUGGAAACAGAGGAUUCAGGUGAACAUCCACCGAACGGUGGCGCAGUUAUUUCUACAUCCAAAGAGAAUGGAAGAGACGCGGUGGUACCUGAGACGAUACAAGGGACCCCUAGCGCUACUGGGCCUGCUACUGGACAUUCAAGCUAUUAUCGAGAGUCUACCACUACCGGCUCUUAUGCUUCACCCCCUCGCACUGUAUUUGGGACUGAAUGGCCUCAUGGAAAUCCUCCACAUCCCUUCAGUCAAACAGCCUACAUGUAUGUUCCUCCGCCGUUCUAUCGGCACGACAAUGCUGACACUGCGAAUACUCACUCAGGCACUUCAUCUUCACCAUCAACCUCUAGCUCCCAUUCACACCAAAAUGAUGCUGAAGAACCAGCUUCUCCCUUUUUGCUCUCAUAUAAAUCUGCUUCGAUCCUAGCAUCAAUUCCGCCACUGCCGCCUCCAGUGCAGCUAUUAGAGCCCUUACUCGUGGACGCCGAUACUACUCAAGUAACCAGAUCAAGUUCUUCAGAACCUCCAUGCAGCCAAGAAGGUUACUUCCAUAACCCUUUAAUGAAGCAUGCCCGAACGUGGAGUAUGUCCGAUGAAGCUGAUAUGAGUGGAGGAGAAUCUAGUCUGUUUUCGUCGACGUCGACGUCAAGUUCGUCUUCCUCAGUAGCAAGUAGCGGGUCUCCUUCAGCGUCUAAGGGCAGUCAUAUUAUGCGCGAGCAUGGGUACGGCUCACGUCUGAUACGCCCUGAACCUUUGGAACCCAUCAUGACUGAGAAUGGAGAGCCGAUGUUGGAUCCAGCGGAACUUCUGACGCAGGUCGGCUGGGUUGCACUCUAUGACGGUUCGGACUCGUUGUCCGACGAUGUACGUCCUACGCCCUCGCAUGAAUCUCUUUCCCCAGCACCCUCCUAAAACCGCUCAGGCUGUAUAUUUUUUUAUUUUUUAUUUUCGCAUUGCUCUCCGCCCGCUAAAUCAUCGUUGCAUUUUCGCUUGGUCCUUUGGAUGUAUAUCUGUACUAUCAUCACUUUUCUUGGUGGUUUCUACCCACCUUUGUUGUUCCAUCAAAAUGAUCCUCCCUUCCUUUUACGUAGUAUGCUCUGUCGGACACAUUUCUAUCAUUAUUUCUGGAAUUAUUGCAAGUUUGAAAUCUCAUUUUAACCUCUCGUAUUUCUCGUUUCGUCCCAAGCCUCCACAUUUUAUCAUUCCUUCGAUUGCUCUGACUAUUGCUAAAUACCGUGACUGGAAGUGAUAUUUUCUUCAUGUCAUC